GCUUGUACUUGACAAUCCUGAUACCAUUCUGCAGUGUGUAUGCUUAGUGUCAAAAAAAUUGUUGUAAUCAGCAAAGCAUGUGUGCUUAUGUACACCCCUGCUCAGCCAACGUAUCAUGGAUUGCUACGGGAAGUACGCAGCUGUCACUUUGACCAUUUUGUCUGUAUUUCUGCAUCUUCUUCAUGCUUUCCCAGAUGGAGAGUUUCUCAUGCAGGGUUGUCCAGAGUGCAAGCUAGGGGAGAACAGAUUCUUUUCUAAGCCGGGAGCGCCCAUUUACCAGUGCACUGGGUGCUGUUUCUCCCGGGCCUAUCCCACUCCAAUGAGGUCCAAGAAGACCAUGCUCGUCCCAAAGAACAUUACAUCAGAAGCAACGUGCUGCGUAGCAAAGGCUUUUACCAAGAUUACCCUUAAGGACAAUGUGAAGAUAGAGAACCAUACAGAUUGUCACUGCAGUACCUGCUACUAUCAUAAAUCCUAAAGCCUGU